ACGGUUAUAUCAGGCCUCAUGCCUCUAUGGUUCUUCAUAUUUUAGCACUUAUUAUUUUAUCUAAUGAAUUUAAACAUAAUAAUUGAGCUUUCAACUUCUUUAGGAUAAUAAAGUUUUGAAAUCUACUCCGAGUAUCGUUUAUAAAAGGCAAGCCGCAUACAGAAGAUGAGAAAUGCCUCGGACAGAGCUGAGUGCCCCUAUCAGUAAUCUCAUCAGUUUCAGUUCCCUCUUUCUGAGAGUUCUCUGCUACUCCUCAGGUAAACCUGUUUGCUUCUCGAGGAGAAACCGAUGGAUAUCUGAGGUUCUUCAACUUUAAACCUUUUCUUUUCCUUUUCCUUUUGUCACUAGCAUGUUCACAUCUAUCUUAUAGAUAUAUCCUAGUCUUUAAUUGAUUUGGUCUGUCAUUCAGCUCCUUAGUUUGAUACUAUAAAUAGUUAUGGAUCCUACGUUUUCUGGGUUGCCUGAUUUCAUAAACGAUGUCUUGAUCGAAGAUGACCAUGCAUUUUCACCCAAUUCCAAUCAAUACCCAGAUCUUUUAAACGAAAACGAAUUCAAUUUGCCCUCCCCGGACCUUAGAUUCCUUGAAAGUUCAUUGCUUUCACCUGACCUGGGUCACAUUGAUUUCGCUCCGCCGAUACCUGUGGCCCCAGCAGCAGAGCCAUAUGCUCUGUCGGCUGGAGAUACCAUGAGCACACCGUCCGUGGGUACGAGUCCGGGGGAAGACUCGUCAUCGGGCGACAGUGAGUUCUCGGAUACGGUUCUCAAGUUCAUAAGCCAGAUACUUACGGAAGAGAACAUAGAGGACAAACCCUGCCUGUUUUACGACCCUUUGGGUCUCCAAGUCACCGAGAAAUCGUUCUAUGAUGCUCUCAGUCAGAACAACCCUCCUUCCCCCAAACUUUACCGGGAAGAACCAACUUAUAUCAAUCUCAACUUGGGGAGCCCCGAUGAUGUUUUCUCUGCAAGCAGUGGUGGUGAUUAUGGUGUUAGUACGAGUUCUAGCACUAGCAAUAGCACUGAUCCACAGUGGGUCAGUGGUGUUGGGGAGUACAAGUCCUCUAUUUCACAAGCUGUUGAUCCUGGUGACUAUGUUUUCCAGCCCACUAAUGGAUCACAGUUUUUAGCCAAUCAGUCAAACAGCGUGACUAACAUGGGUGAUGGCAUGGAGUUUUUGGCUCAGAAUAUUUUUACUCAUGGUGAAUCUGCGUUGCAAUUUAGAAGAGGGUUAGAGGAAGCUAAUAAGUUCCUUCCUAGGGGCAAUCAGUUAGUUAUUGAUUUGGGGACUAGCAUGGUAUCACCAGAGUUGAAGGGAGAGGAUCAAAAGGUGGAGAAGGGUGAGAGAGAGAUUUCACCGGAUGGGUUGAGGGGAAGGAAGAAUCAUGAGAGGGAAGAUGUAGAUGUAGAAGUAGAAGAAGGGAGGAGUAACAAGCAGUCUGCUGUUUAUGUGGAAGAGAGUGAAUUAACAGAUAUGUUUGAUGAGGUGUUGCUUUCCACUGAAGCACUUUCUCUGCUAUGCGGUAACAAUAACAAUGAAGCUGAGCAGAAUGAAGCAAGCAAGGCAUCGCAGCCAAAUGGGCAGCCGCAAGGAGCUAAUGGUGGGAAGAGUCGUUCUAAGAAACAGGGCAAAAAGAAGGAAACGGUUGAUUUGAGGAUGCUUUUGAUUCUAUGUGCACAAGCUGUCUCAACAGGUGACAACAGAACUGCAAAUGAGUUACUGAAGCAGAUUAGGCAGCACUCUUCUCCUUACGGUGAUGGGUCUCAGAGGUUGGCCCAUUUCUUUGCUAAUGGCCUUGAGGCACGCUUGGCUGGCACUGGCACUGGAACUCAAAUGUUUUAUGGUUCCUUAAUUUCCAAAGGGAUCUCAACUUCUGAAAAAUUGAAAUCUUAUGCUGUUCAUCUUUCAUCCUCCCCUUUCAAGAGGAUGUCGCUAUUCUUUGCUAACAAAAUGAUUCUUAAAGUAGCAGAGAAAGCAACAAGUCUUCAUAUUAUAGACUUUGGUAUCGGAUAUGGUUUCCAUUGGCCACUUCUGAUCCAUAAGCUCUCAAAAAGAAUAGGAGGACCUCCCAAGCUACGUAUUACAGGGAUAGAGUUUCCCCAACCCGGAUUCCGUCCAACAGAGAGUAUUGAGGAGACUGGUCAACGCUUGGCUAAGUAUUGUGAGCGGUUUAAUGUUCCUUUUGAGUACCAUGUUCUAGCAUCACAGAACUGGGAGACUAUCCAAAUUGAGGAGCUCAAGAUUGAUAGGAAUGAGAUGCUUGCUGUGAAUUGUAUGUAUCGGUUUAAGAACCUACUUGAUGAGACAGUUGAAGAGACUAGUCCGAGGAAUGCGGUUUUGAAUUUAAUCAAGAGGAUAAAUCCCGAUGUUUUUGUCCAUGCUAUUGUUAAUGGAUCCUACAAUGCCCCCUUCUUUGUCACCCGGUUCAGAGAAGCACUCUAUCACUUCUCUUCAUUGUUUGACAUUUUUGAUGUUACUUUACCCCGUGAGAACCAACAGAGGUUGUUGUUUGAGAGAGAGUUCCUUGGGAGGGAGUGUAUGAAUAUUUUAGCAUGUGAGGGCUUACAGAGGGUGGAGAGGCCUGAGACUUGCAAGCAGUGGCAGGUUCGGACUAUAAGGUCUGGUUUCAGGCAGCUCCCAUUGGACGGAGAGCUGAUGAGCAUUUUCAGGUCUAAGAUGAAGGAAUGGUACCACAAGGAUUUUGUACUUGAUGAAGACAACCACUGGAUGCUUCAGGGAUGGAAGGGCCGUAUUCUCUAUGCUUCCUCUUGUUGGGUGCCGAAUUAGGAUUUUGUGAAAACUCAUAAUUGUGGGCAUAGCCGGCAAGUAUACUCGAGAUUGCUUCUGGUAAAGCGGCCUUUUUGAGAAGAAGCAUAGGGAAUUUUCUUGAUUAUAAUCACGCACUCGUCAUCAGAUGUUUGAUGCAUGUUAUAUUGAUUCUUAGACUUCCAUAUUGAUGAUGGUUGAAGACUUGUUGAUCCUAGGAUGAGGUGUCUUGUAAUUGGAAAUGGUGGUAGAACUAUGGACAGGACAAAGACUUGGAACAAACUGCAAAUACUGUUGAAGACGCUGUAAUGACCCUAAAACUCUACUGCUUGUUGGGACAAUUGUUGUAAAUAUGUUUGUUUCCACAUUACUGGAUGUUAUAGGAGGGCUUUGCCCUUCUUCUUUGUGCAUUUAGCUGGAAGUUGUGUUUGUUUCUUCAGAUGUACUAAAAGAAGGUAAAAUUUCAGAAUUUCAUGAUA